CUGAAGGCCUGCGGGCUCCUGGGCAGCCUCUACCUCUUCAUCUGCUCCCUGGACAUCCUCAGCUCGGCCUUCCAGCUGGUGGGCAGCAAAGUGGCCGGAGACCUCUUCAAGGACAACGAGGUGCUGUCCAACCCUGUGGCCGGCCUGGUCAUCGGCGUGCUGGUCACCGUCCUCGUGCAGAGCUCCAGCACGUCCUCCUCCAUCGUGGUCAGCAUGGUGGCCUCUAAGCUGCUGACCGUGAAGGCGUCUGUCCCCAUCAUCAUGGGCGUCAACGUAGGCACGUCCAUCACCAGCACCCUGGUGUCCAUGGCCCAGUCGGGGGACCGAGAGGAGUUCCGGAGCUGGCUCGGCGGCUACCUGGCCAUCCUGGUGGGUGCUGGCCUCACCUUCGUGCUGCAGAGCAGCAGCGUCUUCACCGCAGCCAUCGUGCCGCUCAUGGGUGUGGGGGUGAUCAGCCUGGAUCGGGCAUACCCCCUCUUACUGGGGUCCAACAUCGGUACCACCACCACAGCCCUGCUGGCUGCCCUGGCCAGCCCCUCGGAUAUGCUGCUCAGCGCCGUCCAGGUGGCCCUCAUCCACUUCUACUUCAACCUGGCCGGCAUCCUGCUGUGGUACGUGGUGCCGGUGCUGCGGCUGCCCAUCCCGCUGGCCAGGAGCUUCGGGAACCUGACUGCCCGCUACCGCUGGGUGGCCGUCGUCUACCUGCUGCUCAGCUUCCUGCUGCUGCCUCUGGCUGCCUUCGGGCUCUCCCUGGCGGGGGGCGUGGUGCUGGCUGCUGUUGGGGGGCCCCUGGUGGGGCUGCUGCUCCUCGUGGUGGCCAUCAACUUCCUGCAGCGGCACCGGCCGGCCUGGCUGCCCAGCCCCCUGCGGUCCUGGGCCUGGCUCCCUCGCUGGCUCCACUCCCUGGAGCCCUGGGACCGCCUGGUGACCCGCUGCUGCCCCUGCCGGGCCUGCAGCCCCCCACCGGCCGCCGCCAAGGAGGCCCAGUGCUACGACAACCCUGAGGUCCUGGCGUCCGAGCCGCUGUGAAGGUGGUGCCAGCACCCCACCGGCGCGGGCGUCCGGGGGAUCCCCAGAGCAGACUCUGGGUCUCCUGGCCCCGUUCUUUGCAAAUAAAGGCGGCCCUGUCCAACCCCAGCCCGCUGACCCGUGCUGGCUUCCCCGGCUGGUGCUGCCUGGGCUGGGCCUCUGGUGCUUCAGUGCCCUCUAGCGGCCAGCCAGGGCGGGAGCAGGCACCGGUCAGGCAGGGGCAGCCAGGCCCGGCCCUUGGCUCUCUGGCGCGCUGUGGACAGGCAGCGGCAGUCCAGUGGCUGAGGAGGCGGCCUCCCCUCCCGCGCCUGGCGCCCAGCCUCCAGGGGUGGCGAGCCUGAGAGGGACAAGAGGGGAGCGACCAGGACCCCGGCCCGGCCCCUGCUGUGCGGGGCGCUCAGCCCCUGGGGUGCUCCCGUCACCCACAGGGCAC